AGAGGAGACGCCGAGAUGCACCCGACAUGGCCAAGCUUCUGGAAUCUUCUCACCACUGGAUGGGAACCUCGAUGGCGGAUUCAUACCAGGCCCAAGUUCAGGCAGCAUGGCAGAAGAGCUGGAACCAAACCCAGAGCCUGCUUCAGAAUCUGCGGUUUAGAGAGCGCGGACCUCUCAAGUCUUGGAGACCCGAGACGAUGGCUGAAGCUAUUCACGCUGUGCUGAAGGAAGGCCUGUCCCUGUCUCAGGCUGCCAGGAAGUAUGACAUCCCGUACCCAACGUUUGUGCUUUAUGCCAACCGCGUGCACAACCUGCUCGGGCCUUCCAACGAGCCGGGGGACAUGCGACCGAAGGGCCGAGGACGUCCGCAGAGAAUACUGCUGGGGUGCUGGCCCGAGGAACAGAUCAAGGGCGUGAUCAGGGCCGUUGUGUUCAGAGACACCUCAGUGUUCAGGGAAAAUGAGCAUAAGGUGGGAGGGAAGACUAAGGAAAACAAGCAGCCAUCUACACCUAAGGUGCCACGGCCGGAUGAUCCAGCCAAUGCUCUGAUUAAGCCCAAUGGACCCAUGGUUCCCAACACUUCAGGCAUCCUCCCCAAUGCAUCUGGAGCUCUACCUAACACCUCGGGCAUUUUACCCAACACCUCGGGUGUUAUACCCAACACCUCGGGCAUUUUACCCAACACCUCGGGCAUUUUACCCAACACCUCGGGCAUCUUACCCAAUACCUCAGGUGUUCUACCCAAUGCUUCAGGUCUUCUGCCUAAUGCAGCUGGACUUCUGCCACCAUUUAUGCUGGAUACUCCUGACAAUGGUAGUCUUUCCACUGCUCCAAGCACUCCAGCCCCAUCUACUCCAGCCCCAUCUACACCUGCACCCAAUACUCCCAUUCCUGCACCUACAACACCAGCUGCCUCUACUCCAGUUUCUGUACCUAUGACAACUCCACCUACUCCAGGAAGCCUUAUGGCCACAGCAGCUGACAGCCCAUCUUCAAGUGAGUCUCGUGUGGUGAACAGUUCCACCACAGUUGGCAGUUCUCCUCAGCCAUCGGGAGAAAAUGCUACUGGAUCUGCUGCUCUCAGUACUCAUACAUUAACUUCUUCUGUCUUGUCCUCACCUGUAUUCAGUCUUAGCAACAGUAACAGCAACACCAGCAAUGCCAGUAUUAUCAAUGGAACACCAUCAGUCAGUCCAAGCGUAGGUAGCCAACAGCAGCCAAAACCUGCCCAUCAGCCACAGCAUUCACCACAGCAGCAGAAGCAACCGCAGUCACAGCCACAGCCACAGCCACAGCCACAGUCACAGCCACAGCCACAGUCACAGUCUCAGUCACAGUCACAGCCGCAGCCACAGCAGCAACAACAACAACAGCAGCAGCAACAGCAGCAGCAGCAGCAGCCACAGUCUUCAUCUCAUCAAUCACAGCCACAGUCACAACAGUCUCCACAGCAGCAGCCACAGCAGCAGCCACAGCCGCCAUCUCAAUCUCAGCAACAACAGUCACAGUCUCAAGGUCAAACACAAGCACAAGCUCAGCCACAAGCACAGGCACAAGCACAAGCACAACAGCAACAGCAACCUCAGUCUCAAAAACAGCUACAAUCACAUCCUCAGCAGCAGCCACAGCAGGCCCCACAGCAUAAUCACCAGCAACAGUCAUCACACCAUCACCAACAGCAACAUCACCACCACCACCAGCAUCAGCAACAGCAAUCGCACCAUCAUCAGCAGCAACAUCAUCAUCAUCAAUCUCAACAUGCACAUCAUCACCAGCAUCAACACCAGCAGCCACAUCAUCACCAUCAUCAGCCACAAUCACAGCAUACACCUCAACAUACACCACAGCAUACACCUCAGCAUCAUCAGACACAACCCCUGCCACUUGGAGGAUUAUUGCCAGGUGGUCUGCCUUCACCAUUAGCAACAUCUUUAGCGUCCCCAGCCCACCUGGCUCGUUUGUUUGGAGAAAGCACCUCUCAUCACCACCUUCCUGGUCACCAGCCACAUCCUCAGCACCCACAGGCCCCAAUUAGUCCAUUCCAUCCUGGCUUUCCCCGCCACCCACACCCAUCUGCUGCUAUGCAGGUUCUGAAUGCCAUGAACAGCUUGAAUGCACAUGCUUCUCGAUUAAAUUCGGAUGAUGCAGAUCCAUCACCAGAAUCAAUUUUGUUUAGUAAAAUGACAAGUUCUCAUGUAAAUCCAGCCCAUAGCAGUGCUGAGGCUAAUGCCCGAGCUGGCGCUGGCCAUAGCCAAUUUGAUGGCCAUGGCAGUAGUGCUGCUCUUGCAGGUAUAGUUGAUAGAUCAUCACUUAUGUAUAGAGAUGGCUUGGACACAAUCAAAGUGAAACCAGAACCAAUUCUUAAUUAAGGUGUUUGCUGCUGAUUAAUUAAUGGCCCCUACUUGAUAUUAGGAACAAUGGUGUUUCUAAAACAGAGGACAAAUGUUUCAAAGGUGAAAAAGCAAUUUAGAAACCCUGUUAUUGUAAAGUUUUUGUUGGGACCAUAUUCUCUUUUAAGAUUUUUUUUCUUCUUCAGUCUCCCUGUAAAAGGGCAUAGAUUGGGUGAUUGUGUAAAUAAACAGUACUAAUAUGUAGCUUUGCAAGUGCAUUUGCCCUAGAAUAAUUGGGCAUUACCUCAUAGUGAAACUCAUUCAUACACAUUGUCACUGUACAAACUGAACAUGCCAAUAUUCUGCUUCUGUAUAUAGUAAAGGUGACUUGUGUAUGUACCUCAGUGUGCCGCCUUGCACCCUUCACUGUGAGUAUGAAAAAUAGUUUUUUGUACCUUUGUAAAAGGUAUUGUUGCUUUAUCUGUUAGGAUAGAAGCUAAUGUAGGCUAGAACCUAGGAGGUCUUGGUUGCAAUAGCAUAUUUAAUUUAUUUGCUAAUCCAAGAAAACACCUGCUUUUACAAUAAUCCAACAGUAAGGCGUGAAAUUAUAUAAAGAGCCAAUUGGGAAGUGUGUUAUUUAACCCAUUUGGCAAGCGGCAGGGCUUUCACGCCUGUCCACUAAGUAGUGUUUAUCCCAAGUAUGUGAUAAUUAAGCAAAUGAUAAUGAUAUGAAUAAAAAGUACUGAAGACCCUUUCAGAAUUAAAUACACAAUGAUUGGAAUUUUACAGUAUAUUUGUAUUUAAUGUGUAUCAAAGCAAAGCAGUUUUUUGUUUGCACGGAUACUACUGGAUAAGAAAAUAUGGGACUGUAUUGUAUAAUGAGACAUUUGUGUGUUUUAGAAUAUCAAAUGGUAAAUAUGAAAUUUAUAUGAUUCAUUGUUAUAGUAUUUGUUAAGUAUGUAGUUCAGUUUUGGAUCAAGAUAUCCAAGAUCUGUUGUUCUUAAUUUCCCAUUGAUUUAGAGACCUAUACAAUUAUAUAACCAAAGUAUACAUGAUAGGUUAAGGUUAUUUUAAUACUUGUAGUUUGUAAGAUGUGACCAUAGUUUUAAGAAGUGAAGUGUUGCACACUCAGUGUUCCCUGCUUCUCCACACAAUAUUUGUAUUUCACUAAAUAUUUGUUCCUGGUCAUAUGGGGAUAACAACUUAUUUUAGCGAAUGGAGAAGCAGAGAUAGAUACUGAAUGAUUGAUCCUUAGAAUAGAUGUUACCAGUAUAAUAUGGAAAGUAAAGCAGCAGAGAGUCUGGCUAGGAAACACUUGUUUAGUGGUUUUCCUCCAUUCAGGAUAUUUUUUCCUUAAUUAUUCAUUCUCCAAGGUUUCAUAUCAGCUUCUAGGAUAAUUUCUAAACUCCUAGCUAUUAUCACAUUCCCAUUCAGAUUGUCUGCUGCAUGUUCACCUUUACCUUAAUUAUAGUUUAUGUUCUUUUAUUAUAUAGCACUUAAUAUGCAUUUCUGUAAGUAUAUUACCUUUAUGCUGUUAUUUAUGUUAGUGAUAUCUUAUAACCCUCCCAACACCCCUCAGGCUGCUAUUGGGAAUUCCUAGUUUGUCUAAUCAUGUCUGUACAUUUAUUCCAGUAAAGAUGUUAAAUUGUAAAUCCAGGUGAAUAAAUAUGGGCCAGUAGUGUGCUCAGUUUUUCCUGUUUGGCAUUUCCAUGUGCCAAUGAAACACUAAUUUCUGAAAUCCCUGGAAAACAGUGUCUGAUCAGCCCAAUAGCUGGCCAUUUGUACAUAUUGUGACAUAGAACACAAAUCUGGCCAUGUGGCUAGGUGGGAUUCCACCUGCCUAUUGUGUGUGUAUGUAGUAGCUUUGUUGUGGUGCCCCAAGUGUCGUUAUUGUCGUCAUUACGGCAUCGGAAUCUGUCUGUCAUCCAGCUCCCUGUACUACUGCUGUAUGCAUGUUUGUUGGUAAUUGUAUUGUGGUUGGUAAUA